AUCUUCUUUGUUCUGUGUCUUAUUGUCUGCAUAAAUUUGUUUUUGUAACCCGAUUCCACCAAUCAUCCAUUUCCUUCUCGCGCCAAAUACAAAAACCACCACCAUUUCCCAUUCUCCUCCUUCCUCUCUCACUCCCAUACCGGGUUUGUGAGAUGUCGGAUGCACCAGCCAGCCCGAGUCACGAGAGUGGGGGCGAGCAGAGUCCGCGAGCUUUCUCAUCUGGUGCCAGGGAACAGGACCGCUUCCUUCCUAUUGCCAAUAUCAGCCGCAUUAUGAAGAAGGGUCUGCCUCCCAACGGCAAGAUUGCUAAAGACGCUAAAGAUACUAUGCAGGAAUGUGUUUCUGAAUUUAUCAGCUUCGUCACCAGCGAGGCUAGUGAGAAAUGUCAGAAAGAGAAGAGAAAGACUAUUAAUGGAGACGAUCUGUUAUGGGCAAUGGCCACUUUAGGUUUUGAAGACUACAUAGAACCCCUUAAGGUGUACCUGGCAAGGUACAGAGAGACGGAGGGUGACACCAAAGGAUCUGCUAGAGGUGGUGAUGGAUCUGCUAGACCAGAUCAAGUUGGCCUUGCAGGUCAAAAUUCUCAGCUUGUUCAUCAGGGUUCACUGAACUAUAUUAGUUUGCAGGUGCAACCACAACAUCUGGUUAUACCUUCAAUGCAAAGCCAUGAAUAGUGUAGAUGUUUCGACGCAUCUUUUUUAUUUGACUUGAAUGCUUAUACGCAUGACAUGGGUGGAAACAAUGGUGUAAAAUGAUUUAAACGUAGGUUCUCGUGUAGAAGGUUUUGAGUGUCAGAGUUUUGUUAAGUAUAUUUUUAUUAACACAUGUAAUAGUUAGCUGCAUGACCAACUGAAUGUUGGGGUAAUGCAUGUGAUUCACCAUGUAGCUUGUCGAUCAUGGUCAGAAGCAUCUGCCUUAAGAGUUUUCUUGUGAUUAUGUAAUGUUUGCAGACACUCCAGUUGUUAUAUUAUUUACUUUAGGUAAAAUAGUUGGAUUCUCUUUUCCUUUAUAAUUUUAAGAAAAUGUCCACUUGCUAAAA